CGAUUCAGAGAUUUCAGUGGUGGGUUAUGAUGUGCUUGAUAGCACAAUCUCAACUGCAACAAUAAUUGGAGAGAAUAGGGUUAAUUGGUUAAAGCUGAAAUCUUCCCCAGUAGGGAGUUGGAGCGGGAGCGGGAGUGGGAGUGGAAGUGGGACACCAACUACAGUUGAAGACAACGUUGCGCCUCCAUCCCCGCAGCACGGCGCAUCUGAAGCGGAGUUCCUUUCUUCCCUCGCCACCAUUCCCCACAUCCUCAUCAUACAACCAUUAGCAAGCAAACGCCCAUGCCGAUGAUGGCGUUGUUGGCCUCUCCUCAUCCGCCGACCAUCUUCCGUGCCCUAUCCUGUAAGCGUAACCAUCUCCGCCCCAGAAUCACAUCACCGCCGCCCUCUCUUCUACUUCUGACUGCCAGGAACCUAUCUCUGGUUCUUGCGAGAUCCGCGGAUGGAUCUGCUGACGCCGCAGACGGGAAUAUGGAGAAGAAGGACGAGGCCGUUCCUCCUACUCCUCGUCCUCUGGAGUCGGAGAGGAAUAAGCAGCCGCAUCAGCAGCAGCAGCAGUACCACCACCAUGAGAUUCGUGAUGGUUCCGUGGUGAAGACACAAGCGCUCAAGUUCGAGGACACGAGAUGGGUUGGGGGAACCUGGGAUACGAGGCAGUUUGGGAAGAAUGGAAGAACAGAUUGGGACGCCGUCAUACAUGCCGAGGCUAGCAGGAGAAAAUGGCUUGAAGACCAUCCUGAAGCCUCAAGUAUGGACGAACCUGUAAUAUUUGAUACAUCAAUCAUACCCUGGUGGGCAUGGAUAAAAAGUUUUCACCUUCCUGAAGCUGAGAAACUCAAUGGUCGUGCUGCAAUGAUUGGUUUUUUCAUGGCUUAUUUCGUCGAUAGCUUAACCGGCAUCGGGCUUGUUGGUCAAACGGGUAACUUUUUCUGCAAAACCAUGUUAUUUGCAACCGUAGUUUGGGUACUGCUGAUCAGGGAAAACAGAGAUAUCAAGAACUUAAAGAAGCUCUUCGAGGAAACGACUAUGUACGACAAGCAAUGGCGAGCAACUUGGCAGGAUGAUGCUCCUGGCGACUCCAAGAAGUGAAUUCUAAUAGCCAGUGUUCUUUAGAACUCCAUCUCUCGUGUUUUGCAGGCUAAGCUUUUGUUGUGUCUACCUUUGGAAACAACUCCAUCUCUUGUGUUUUGCAGGCUAAGCUUUUGUUGUUGUCUUCCUUUGGAAAACAUGAGAAACAACUAUUUAGAUCGACACCUAUAAAUAAUAAUAUCUGGAAGUGGCUAGCUGCGUGACUUGAGUCA